AUGGAAUCCAGUCAGUUAAAGAUUGCAGAAAAACUUGUGAUUUUAAAUGAUCGCGCUGUUGGUAUGUUGACCAGGAUUUACAAUAUCAAGAAAGCAUGUGCUGAUUCCAAAUCAAAGCCAGCUUUUCUUGCUGAUAAACAUAUGGAAAAUGCUAUAAAGCAUGUUGCACGAAAAUUCCCUGUUGUGGAUGCCAGAAUGAACACGUCCACUUUCCAUUAUGUUGAUACAAUGAAAGAAGACAUAAUAAAGUCGCUGGGAUUGUACUAUUACACGUUCUCUGAUCUCAUGGAGCUGAAGGAUCAUAUAUUGCAACUCCUUACUACAAUGGACGCAUGCCAGUGUCAGCUUGAUAUUUCCCUAAACUAUGAGUUAACAGCUGGUUAUCUCAACUUGGUCGUGAACCUUAUCUGCCUUAUGAUUUUGCUCUCACGCGUGGAUGAUCGUAAAGUCGUUUUAGGUACCUUUCAAAGACUUUUCAAUGCUGCUUACGAUUUAAUGCAUGGACAAAGUGAGUCAUCUUUCCCUCGUCUGGGUCAGAUGGUCCUAGAUUAUGAACAUCCUCUACGAAAACUAAGCGAAGAUUUGGGACCUCUCAAUCGGAUAUCUUAUCUCCCUUUACAGUUGAUUACGUCGGCGCUCUGUUCCUUAUCCCCUGUGUAUCUUCGACGCAAUAUCACUGCUAAUACCUGGCGAAAUGCGCAAAUUUUAUCACUCACAGCCAAUCCGCAACAAAUCCUUUAUGCUGCUCAAACGGAUACGAUUGCUUGUGAGUACCUGUCAUUGGAUGUAAUGGAUCGUUGGAUUGUUUGUAAGUUCUUUUUCUGUGUGUGCACCACCAUUUGCCAUUCUUCUUUGUUGAAUGACAAAACUAUUUUCCAUUUAUGGCAGAUGUCUUUGCAAAUGGGAGUAUGUAUACGGCUAUUUCGAGACGAGGUGGUCUUUCAAACACAUCACGAAAUACAACAAUUUUUCGAUUCAAUAAAAGGAUACCAUAAACGAUCUCAGGAAGUAAAGGAUUGCUUUUCGAUUGCUUUGCAACAAAGCGCUAUCCCAUCGCAAUCUUACAAUGAUCUGUAUAGCGCUUCUAUCCAUGCCGACCGCCGACGUUUUUUGCGUGUUGCUCUCCGUGAACUCUGUUUAUUCCUUAAAGACCAGCCAGGAUUACUUGGUCCAAAGAUGCUCUUCGUUCUAUGGCUUCUUCGCCACUUGAGUGAGUGGCCUUCAUCUAACAAAAAGGGAAGCAAGCAGUGUGAUGAGCUAGUCGAUCGCCAAUUACCUGAACUCCUUCACCACAUGCUUGAGUUGCGCCAGUUGGUGGUUAAGUAUAGUGACGUGAUUCAGCGGUACUAUUUGAAGUAUGUCAAUGGUUACGAUGCUAUUAUGACACGUGAAAUGGUCUCUAAUAUCGGUGACCUGAAUGAAGACGAAGCCGCCAUCCUAUCUGACUUUGCAUCUUCUAUCUCCUCGAUAAAUUCGGAUACCGAUUUGAGGGCGUUGCGGUUGGAUUGGUUUCGUUUUCAGUUUAAUGUAUUAAGCACACCAUUUUUGCGUACGUAUCUUAAUCAAAAGGCGAGAACAAGUAUGGCAAGAUCACCCUUUUUACUAAUAAAGAACAGAAAGCUGGCUAUUAUCAUGAACACCAAUGUGUUUCAUCUGAAAAUGAUCGACCUGCAAGAUGAAAUGCUCAAGGAAACCAGUGAUUUGAGUCGGCAGUGGAAGAGUUGUCUGACACUUCCAUCACAGUCCCGCUUUGCGCUAUGCUUUGCGAGGAUUUGUGGACAUUUUAGUUCUGCAAUUCACGAUAUGUGUCCAGAAGAGAAGAAUCACAUCCUUGAGAAGUCCCUUGCAUUAUGUAAUUCCAUUCUGGAUGAUAUAUGCCAGUCUAUAACUGAUGUCGUGGGAGCUCUGUGCGAGUACGAGUUACGUCUUGCAGAACAGACUUCCCCUAGUACCAUUGCAGCUCAGAUUGUCUCUCAAAUGCUUCGCAGCAAGGGUGGGAAGAAUGCAGCCGCUGCACAAAAAGAGCCUGCUCCUGCUGGGGAGGAAAGUUAUCGCGCUGAUAGGCAAGCACUCACCUAUCCAGACAAAUUACAUACUACUCUCAUUGAGCUGUGUGCCGGUAUAAGUCAAUAUCGCCAACUUUUCAUAUCUGAACACUUCUUUGCUCCAAGAGAAUAUCUGAGCCAACAUAUUGAACAUAAGUUUGUAGAUCUCAUACUUGCCAUGGCAGUUGAUCCUGCGUUUCCAUCGACGCCUCGCCGUCCAUCGGACCUUUUGAUGAUAAUUCAGGCUUACAUGACUGUGUUGCAGAAUAUUGACGCCUGCGAUAGUGAAUUUAACAGUGACAUUAUAUAG